GACUAAGCUCCGCCUCCUGCUCCAUGGUCCUGAAAAAAAUGGCGGCGGAAACACAUCGCGGCGUGCCUCUUAGCACGCUUUCGCCGAAGUUCCUGCACACCAACUCCACCAGCCACACCUGGCCCUUCAGCGCCAUCGCUGAGCUCAUAGACAAUGCCUAUGACCCAGAUGUCAAUGCCAAGCAGUUCUGGAUUGAUAAAACGAUGGUUAACGGAGAGCUCUGCCUCAGCUUCAUGGAUAAUGGAAAUGGCCUCGACCAUGAAACUAUGCACAAGAUGCUCAGCUUCGGGUACAGCGACAAGAUAGCAGUAAACGGACUGGAGCCCAUUGGUAUCUAUGGUAACGGCUUCAAGUCUGGAUCCAUGCGUCUCGGCAAAGAUGUGAUCGUCUUCUCCAAGUCAAAGAGCAUGUCCUGCAUCGGGAUGCUUUCUCAGAGCUACCUGGAGAAGAUUGAAGCCAAGCAAAUAAUUGUACCUAUCAUUGCUCUUAAAAAUAGGCAUUCAAAUAACACAUUUUCUGUAAAAGAAGAACACGAAGCAAGUCUGAAGGACAUCCUGCAAUACUCCCUUUUUAAAACUCAAAAGGAGCUUCUCGCUGAGAUCGACGCCAUCUGUUCAGUCUUGUCCACAACUAAAACAGGCACCCGGAUCAUCAUCUGGAAUCUCCGCAGGACCUCUACGGAUUCACCAGAGUUUGAUUUUGACACCGAUCGGUAUGAUAUCCGUAUUCCCUCAGAGGUUUACGAAGAAUUAAACGAUCCAGCUCAGCCUUCAAACCGGGCUACAUCUUACCUUCCUGAGAGCAUGUUUUCCCUCCGGUCCUACUGUAGCAUUCUGUACUUGAAGCCACGCAUGCAGGUCAUGGUGCGGGGUCAAAAGGUGAAGUCUCAGCUCAUCGCUAAAAGCCUGGCCUACAUCAGAAAGGACCACUAUAAGCCAAUUUUUCUGGAAAAACGCAUCCCUAUCAUUUUUGGGUAUAACACCAAAAGUAAAGACCAGUAUGGGAUUAUGAUGUAUCACAAGAACAGACUCAUUAAGGCGUAUGAACGUGUGGGCUGCCAGCUUAAGGCAAACAUCAAAGGUGUUGGAGUCAUUGGCGUCAUCGAAUGUAACUUCCUGGAUCCCACCCACAACAAACAGAGCUUCAUUGAGACUGACAAGUACAGAAAAACCAUAAACAGUUUGGGUAUUAAGCUGGAGGAGUACUGGAACGAGAUCCGUUACAACAAGACCAAGGAAGACCCGAGCAGCACCGUACCAGUGGAGGAUACCAUGAAGCGUCCGGAUCAGAACUGGGUGCAGUGCGAUAGCUGUUUGCGCUGGCGCAAACUUCCGGAUGGGAUCGACGUCAGCAAGCUGCCAGACAAAUGGUUCUGCCAUCUGAACCCGGAUCCACAGUUCAGGAGCUGCAAGGUAGAAGAAGAGCCAGAGGACUCUGAUGAUGAUCAGCCAUCGUACCGGAAGACUUACAAACUACAAGAGAGGGAGAACAAAAAGAAACAGGAACAGAAACUACAGCAGGGUUAUCUGGGCAUAAGGAACGAUGAAGAGCACCGUUUGAAUUUGGAUUCCAUAGUGAGAGAGACCGAAGCUUACAAACGUCAGCACAAUAAGCUGACCCGGCAGCUUCACCAAGCGUCUCCUUCUACCCCGAGGAGCAAGUCAUUACACGGGGUUGCAGUUAAAUCUGAAUCCGCUUCGCCGGAGUCGUCAAACAUUUCAAAACCAGCCAGCAGUUUUCCAGUGAUCACCAGCGUGUGCUCGCUCUCAGCAGCGUCCAUCAGGCCGAAAAGAGCCCAGGUUGCCACGCCACCGAGCGUCGCCAAGAGACCCCGGAUGAACGGACUCCAGGCGAGCCCCUCCAACACGCCCCCGGCGGGAAACCUCAGCCCCGUAUCGUUGUCCACCGACAGCAGCGAGACCGAAGACACCGACGACGACCUCGUCAUCUUGGAAACUGAGAGUACGCCCAAGCCCAAAAAGCCCGCCGGCGGUUUACGUAAAGUGAAGCAAGAGGAGAAGGAGGACGAGAACCAAAUCACCGUGCUGCUGGAGUGCUGCGACGACGCCGCCGUGGACGAGACCGCCGACGCCGCGGCUGAAGACUCGGCUUCGGCCGCGCCCUCUCUGCCUCCGGGAGUGGCCAGCGCCACCACCCAGACGGCUGCGCCUGGAGUGAAGCAGGAGAAGGAGAGUCAGAGUCAGAAAGACGGUGCAGCCGCUGGGAAAGGUCCCGACCCAAAGCUGCUCAAAGACAGGGAGGUUAAGCAGGAGAGCAGCGCGGAGGACGAGAACCGCGGAGAGCAGGCCCCGCACAACGGAGUAGCAGACACCACGGACAGCGAUGAAGGCGCUGGUCCUUCUGCGUCUCUUCAGCAGCCCUCCGAUAUGGCUGAAGUGCAGAAACAACAAGAUAAGCUCCUGGAGCUGAUGGAUGACACGGCUCAGGAGAGGGACCGCUUAAAGGAGCAGGUUGAAACGCUCACCUCCAAGCUGAGGGACAUGCAGGACAGACUGCAGGAAGUGUCUCAGGCCAACGUGAAGAAGGAGAGCUCACACCAGGCCUGCCAGACCGAGGGUCAGGGGGACUACAAGGGUCUGUUUGAGAAGGCCAAACAGGAAAUCAAGGAUUUAUUAAAGGACAAGGAGACUUUAUUGGCCGCUACCAAGAGCACGACGACUCUCAGCAGAGGCCAAGAUGAGGACAAGGACGUUGAGGAGAUGUUGCUUCAAGUCGAAUGUCUGGUGCGCGCACUAGAUGAGAGGAACAAGGAGAGGGAUGAACUGCGCUUGCAGCUGGUUAAUCUGGAGGAGGAGAAGUCAAACUUGGCAGCCCGGUGCGAGGAGCUCAAGUUGAGCUUGCAGCACCAAAGAGAAGAAGCACAAUCUGCAGCAGGAUCCUCCACCUCUGGCACAAACCCAGACGCUCGCACAAGCUUGAUAGAGCUCCGGCAGAACGUCGCCCGCCUCCUGGCCUCCCGCAUGCCGGAGCUGGACCUGGCGCAGGUGAACUACGAAUGCAACGUCAUCGACGAGAUGCUGGAGCAACUUGUCAACGGCUCAGGCUCCACAUGACUGGCUUGAAAAGCUGCAUACGACCUGGAAAAUCAUCUCAGCAGAAUUACGGUCUUCCAGCCGACCCUGGAUUAGGAACAAUGCUAAACUUCUGGACUUGCGAUGAACCUGUGCGUGGACUCAAAGGAAUCUCGGGGAUUUAAGUUUUUAUUUAAAGGUGUACACAUUUACAGAUGCCAGAAUCGAUUUAAAAUGUUCUUGUUUUUUUUUUUUUUUUUUUUUUUUUAAGUGCACCUGAGCUUCAGGCAUGUUUGGGCUAAUCAGCUGUUUGCUCCUAAAGAACCAAAGCAAAGCUGGUUCUGCUGAAUGUUUCCUAAAUAAUGAGAUGCCCCUUCUUCUCUUCUGCCCCGCACAGUUAAAUACCGCCCAUCUUUAUCACUGUUGACUCUUGAUUUUCUCUUUCAUUGCCGAUUUUAAGCAUUUGGUUUUUUUUUAUUCUUUUGACUUGUCUAGAUUUGGAGCAUCCAUUGUUGUUAGUCGCUCUUUCUGAGUAAAUCCUUCCAGUUUCUCCUGCUUAGACGUUCAAAACAUGGAUUAGCUUGAAGACUUCUGUUGGGUUUGUGAACACCUUUUCCUUCACUUUAGCAUCUUUUAAUUUACAUAACAUUGUGGUCUAUACACUUGGAUUUGAAGAUUGUAGACCAACUUAAGGGUAUAUAGUAGGGCUGACCGAUAUAGGAAAAGCAUAUUGGUAAAAUAGAAAUUUUAAUCGAGAUUCAUAAUUAUCAGAUAAAUUCAAAACAUACAUUUAAUGUGAGACCCUGACCAUUUUAUGCUGUCGCUUAAUGACCUAUUUUUAAAUAGAUGGAUUCAA